CGGGAAGUCAUUGGAAUUUCCCUGUAGAAGAAAAAAUAUUAAACGUGAAUUUUUAUCUUUAAGUUUCCAGUUUAAAGAACAUACGAACAAACAUAUGUUAGCACAACGAAUUCCUCGUAUAGCCAGACAAAUAUGCUGAUUGUUAAACAAUUCACUGACAAUACACAUGUGCUGAGAGUGAGUUAUACAAGGUGAACAAUGUCCCAGCAGCGACUGCACAGCCAAGUCUCCGAAGAUGCUGUUGCCGACUUUCAUUCGAGGGAAUCCAACGGAGGUCAACAACAGCGGUCUGCAGGUCAGUCUGCAGCAGAGAGAAAUCGAGGAAGUUUGGGACAGACUCAAGGGCAGAGAAGAAAUGGCAAAAAGACUGCACCAGAUGCCAGAUCGGUGGACAGUGGAUAUUCUGAUGCAAGUUUUUCAUCAACUGAUGCAAGUGUUUCUGAAUACAGAGACAAUCCUAGUAUUGGUCUGAGCCCAAAUCGAGUCGAAGGCUACGAGUCCCAGUCCAUCAGUCAGACAUCAAACUCUUCAAGUGACACUUCGCAGAUUAUAACAUCAGUGAGCCGCAACGUGUCUAAUCUCAUUGACAAUAAUGUGAAUCUUUCAUCCAGUUCGAGUUCUUCAUCUCUUCCCAAUCCCGAGGUAGAGGGUUGCUCUAGUGUAGCGUCCAGGUUGGACUCCAUUGCCCGCGAGUCGUACACAGAUGAAGAGGUUGAAGAAUAUACCUGGGCGAUGCCGUAUGAAUUGAAGGAGGAGUACCAGGAUGCUAUGAUUUUAUACAGCGAUAUGGAUAAAGAUGAGGUGGAAUUAUUUUAUUCCAGUCUGUUGAAGAACGUACGUCUGAGGGACCACAAAAGUCCUAAAGUUGUCAAGUUCGAGGAAUUUGCUGUUUCAAUUGGCUCAAAGAUUAAAACUUUAGAGUUCGGGUUAGAGCGCUGUACUUAUGCAUUUAUAUUUUUAACUGAAAAUUUUAUUAAAGAUACUUGGGCAGAGUUUUCAGGUGAAACCUGUUUGAUGGAAGCCAUCUACAACCCAGAGAAGCGCUGGUGUGUUGUGCCUGUUUUCACUCAACCAAAGAGGAAUUGCACCUUUAAGGUACCUUCGAGCAUUAAUUCACUGAAAGGAGUCCAGUACUGGAGUGGUUCCAGUGACAAAUUUUACAAUGACUCGGUUAAGAAGCUUUUAGAUGAAAAGCUUCAUAUUCGAAAAAGAAGUGAAGCUGUUUUAAGGAAAAAACGGAGACACUGGCUUAAGGAAUACAAGACUAAGGAAUUUUUGGAAAAGAUUGAGGACGAAAGAGAGGAAAGGCAGCAGGAGGAGAGAUUAAAAGCUCAGGUCCAUCAUGCACAGUCAAUGCCUAACAUGAUGGAACAUCAGCAGAAAGUACAGCUACACCAAUCAUACAGCAUACCAGCUGGUCCUCUUGUAAAUAACCAAACUCAAAGUCUGUAUAUGUAUCCGCAACAGAUGUUCGCAGACCAGUAUCAGCAAUCUAUGUACCAGAAUAAUCCAAGUUGCUGUCUUCCUGUCACUGAAUCGGGGACACCUAAUAAUCAGACAGGACAGCUGGCCCUUUUAAGAAGUCACUUGAGUGGGUCAAGUCUAUCAAUGUCCUGUUCAGGUCAAGAAAACCAACAGUCUAGUGCAUCGUGGAGAGAACCGCCAUCUUCUCUUGACAGUAAUGUUGUUGCUGAUGCUCCAAAUUCUUUGAGGCAGCAAUCCAUAAACCAUUCAGCAUACCAGGGGUAUGCACAACAAGGUAUGGGAUUGAUGGGUAGUCAUCAUGCUAUUCCACAACAGAUGUCUGGACAUAUGCCAGUCCACACACAUGCAGGUCAUGAUAACUGGGCAAUGGCUGGUCCACAAUAUACAAAUAGAAGGCUCCCAGAUCAUGUAAAUAUGGAAAGUAUGCAAGCAAUGGCUGGUCCUCAAAAUACACCACCAAAUGUGGGUGGAAAUAUGUCGGAGCAGAGAUAUGGGAGUCAAGGCAACCAAGCAAUGGUUGGUCCUCAAAGUAUGGCUGGUCCACAGAAUGUUUCUGGACAUGGUAGAGGUAUGCAGACAGUGGUUGGCCCUUCAGGCAUGGCAUCAAAUGUGGCUGAAAUGAGAAGUCAUCAGAAUAUGUCUCCAAAUAUGACUGGAAUGGGGGCAGGACAGGGUUCUGUGAGUGGUAUGGAAUCGGUGAUGAUGCAGAAAAUGUCAACGCUGUCAGGUCAUGAACCUGUGAGAAGUAUGGAAACAAAUGUUUAUCCUCAGGGUGUGCCACACAACAUGGUAGGAACACUGACGGACCAGGAGCAUGCUAGAGAUACAAAAACAAAGAUUGGUCCUCAAACUGUGACACAAAAUAUGACUGGGAAACCGAUGCCACAGGAUGGUAGUCGAUUCAAUUAUGCAAUGCCAAAUGCAAUGCCAAAUGCUAUGUCACAAAUGGGACCAGGAUCAUACAGAACUGAUAUCAGUGGAUUGACACGAGGAGAAACUGGAGGUGAAUAUGAUGCGAGGCAUGUUAUCAUCCACAAUCACUAUUAUCCACCAACAUCGGAACAAAUGAGGCCACUGAACAUCAUUAAUCCUGGUGUUGUCCAGAUUGGAGAAUCUAAUGUGGUAAGCGGACCUACUGAUGGCAUAUCCUCCACAGCACCUCCUGAACAAAUGGAAGAACAUGAUGACGAGGAUACGGAGAGUGAAAGCACUUUAGUAGAAGAGAGUGACAGAGGCAUGCAGUCUCAGGCUUUCAGAAAUAUUUUGGACAUGCCUGAUCCACACAAUCCAGCACCAGUUUCACAGGAUAACCUGCCGAGUGACGAUCCUACAGCAUUCAUCACACCACACCAGUACAAUCCCGGACUGCACGGCACUCAGCUGAAGUACGUCGAGGAAUCAGUCCCAUCCAACGUGCAAUCCGGACACCAGAGACAGCAACAGCAAGUGUUUCCAUGUUAUCCUGCUCCAAGAGCAAGCACACCUGUGGCACUUGGAGAACCAGCUGCUGCUCCGUUCAGAUCUAUGAUUAACAAAUCGCUGAAUGCAAUGCCCAGGCCUGUUUGCGUCACUGGACCCAUGCAGCAGAGUGUAAGAGGCACUGCGCCGGGGCAGACUGUUGAAGGAUCCAGACCCAUGCUGAAUAUUACUGCACAGAAGCCUGGCCGUGCAACAGUGUCAAAUCUGGCAUCUCGAAUGGACCAACUUCAAAUGGAGCAGACAGUGAAAAAGUUUGUUGAUGAUCCAUCGGUACCGAUUCCGAGCAUUGGAUGUGCCAUACAAGAUGUUGUGUUUGAACAGACAACAGCAAAGACAGUCGAUGAUCAGCAUGAGACAAGAGAACAAGGAUACGAGGAUGUGGAUGAUGAUGACUUAUUUGAUCAGACGUUACUCAAGCAGCACCACGUAAGUCCUGUAUCUCCUUCUGCUUUCACGGGUUCUAGACCAGACUGUGUGACCACAUCUUCAGACAAAUCCACCACAGCUGUGAACUCGCCCUUUGGUCUUCUUUCUAACACAGAUGAGUUAGAGAGUAAAAAUCCCAGCCCAGAAGGAGACCCUAAGAUAGACCACACCACCGUACAAGAUGGACACUGUGAUACCUGUGGCGUCGUCGUCAUCGACGAUGGAUCAGUUUUAGAGUCAUUGCCAGUGAGCGUGGCGCUAUGUGAUGCCAGGUCUUACAGCAGUUCAGUGGAUCCUGAUUUUGGCGCUGCAGGGAUCAGUCCGGAAAAUUCUUUUAACUCCAAUAGUAAAUUUAUUGUGUCUGGUGCCUUUGGUGAUAAGAAGAAUUCAAGUAAUGAAGUGACAUGCAUGACCGAAGAUCAUCCAGUUGAUGAGAAAUGUAGUACUAUGUAGUGUUAGGAAUCGGUUGGAAUUCUGUCAUCGAUCAUCAGUUAUAAUAGAUUGCAUGACACUAUCAACUCUUUGAUUCUGCAGUCAGAAAAUGACGGUAUAUGAACAGGGGUCGUGCGUUUCAGAUGUAAGGGGGGGGGGGUGGUUCGCAGAGACCAUGGCCCUUCCCCAAGGCUGACCCUGUACAUUACCAAAUUAGCCAGUUGCUAAUUUUUAUACAAAAUUUCUUCUUUGGCAAAUAAAAUAUUCCUCAAAUUAACCACAUUUUUAUAAAUUUAAGGAUAUUCUCUACAUUUCUCAAAAUUGGCUAUUUAAACCAAAAUUUGUUCCAGUUUGAGUUCUGCUUCCUACUUUACUCCUUUAUUAUUGUUCUUAGAAGGCUGGAAAUGCCGUAUUCGUAAAUAUGGACAGGCACCAUAUAAGAUAAGUACUGUAAAAUAGAGAGGUUUUAAUGCUCCGUUUUGAACUGUUUGCAUGAGGCAAUAGAUCGUCAUCAGAGGUAGUUCCAGGAUUCUGUGAUGGGGCCCCGAGACAUAUCGUAACUGGAACAUUGGUUCUAAAUGUGAGCAAGGGAAAUUGUGCUUUGGGCAUACAUGUUUUUCAUUCCAGAAAAGAGAUGGUGGAAAGCAGCCCUGGGUUUGCUCUCUCUAAAUCUGCCUCUGAUUUAUAUACAUGUGUAUAUAUAUAUAUAUAUAGUUACGUUUUGGACUGACAAUAAAUGUAAUAGAGGGCAUUGUCUUUCAGUGGUGGUCUUGUGUCCUUUUUCACACUGCUUAAUAUGUGACUGCAUCUGCAAAAAAGAGUACAGAUCAGGUGCAGAUCCAAGGAUUUGUGGAGGGGGAGGGGGGUACGCAGGACAUGUUUGGAGGUAUUUGUUGAUGUUGGUGAAAAAAGGGGGCACAUGCCCCUCGGAACCUCCCCCUGGUUCCACAAAUGCGGAAUGACAUCAUUCAUAGGGUCGUUUGUAAAUGAUGUCCUGUGGAAAUUCAUUGUAGCUUAUGUUUGUCACCUGUUUUACAUCAAAAGGAAAGCAAGUUUCUGUGCAUUGCCAUGUUUAUUUUAAUUUUAAAUGAUGAAAUGACAGUUUGACACUAUAUCAAUAGAUUGAAAUACAGUCAUAAACCUCUUUAUACUCUGACCAUAAAAAACAAGAGACAACCGACAUAAUUGUUAGAUGUUUAAGAUUCCGGUCACAGAUAUUCUUCACCUGAAAUAUGUUGACAUGGUAUUCUUAUGACCAUCAGCUAUCAAAAAAUGCCAAAAACAUAUUUUGUAAGUUUUCCACAUUUAAACCCUUUUCCGCUAGAUACAGUCACAUAUAAUGUUAAAGUGAAACCUAAUUAGGUUUGUUUUGUUUUUAACAUGUCUAAAUGUAUUAUAAUUGUAUAUAAUAUAAAGUAUAUAAUUGUAGUUUAUAGUCCAAUUACAAGCCAUGAAUAGAGAAGUAUUACAUGUACAAGUUUGACCGCAUAAUUGUUUUGUUUGUGUGUUUUUAGUGAUAUACAUUUUUGUCUAACCUCUAUAAAGUCAAAAGACAACAUAUAGUUUUUUUUACCAGUGCUGGUGAUAGUGUUGUCUUUUGCUUUUAGAUCUACAUGAACGCAUUUCGUACAAAUGUAUAUUGCUUAUUUCUCACAAAACUGUAUGUCUCAGGUCAGUGCAACUGGAUGUGGAAACAAUGUGAAGGGCUCGAAAUUAACAACACCAACAGCAGCUGCAUUAUGAAUUGCCAUGGGUCAGCGGCUUUACCGAUGGCAAUUUUUUGAAGGGGUUAUUUGUGAUUUUUUAUACUUGUUGCAAAAGUUAAUGGUUUGAAAUUGCCAUAGGCAGGCUCAAGAUUACCAUAGGUGACCACUUUGCCUAUGGUAGAAACAUUUCAAAAUUGCCUUGGGUAACAAUUUCUUAAGUUUGAGUGCUGCAGUGCUACUUUGUUCUGUCUGUCUGAACCGUAACUUAAAUAAAAUAAUCACAAAUUUGCCGAGUUCCAUUCAUAUAAGGGGUGGGGGCAGGACGUUUUCUGAGUGUUGAAAAGUGUAUUAAAUUUGCUGAGUUCCAUUCGUAUUUGUUGGAGGUAAGGGUGGGGUCAGUUAGGAGAUGGCUGUUGAAAACAUAUUAACAUACAUGUAUAACUGACCCCUCCUGUUACUGGAAUCUUAAUUAGAAGACCGUGAUAUGAUAAAGGACGAUGGUUACAGUUGGACUGUUUUUAAGUGCUUGAUUUGAACACAAUACUGGUAGACAAUGAUAUGAAACACUUCUGAUGGUCGUUUGCAGUUUUUGAGUGCAUUUUUAUGUUUGAAAUGACUUGCCGGUGUAAUUGUUUAAUUCAUGGAUGUGCCAUAUACAGAUAUUUAUGUAAUGUAUGUAAUGUUGAAAAACGUAUUUACAGGUAGUACACUGCCUAUUGUGCUAGGGCAGUGUCUAGUUAUUGUAGACAUAAUAUGUACAGUGUAGCAUGUCAACACAAAAACAAAAGGGGAGACAAGGGCUGUGGAAUAUGACAGUAACUAGGGGUUGAUGUAGUUAAGUAUUGUAACGGAAAUUUUUGCCUGCGUCUCAGAACAGAAGACUGUGUCAAUGUCAGUGCUACGUUAUCGUAUCUAGGGGUUGGGGCAGCGAGAUUUGAUUUUCAGCUGGGAGCCAAUGCAUUAUCUUCAAAGUUGAGGGGAGGACAAUGCCCCCUCCCCCAAACUGUUUCUGGCAUUGACCUUACGGUAAACUCACUUUUUUUUAAAACCCCGCCACCCAUAAAAUUUUAAUGAUAACAGAGAAAAAAUUGCAGCACACCUGUCCAAGCCUCAAAGCAUAAAAUAAAAAAGAUGGUGUCUUCCCCCCCCCCCCCCAAUGUGAUAAUUCUGGAAGUCUUCUUUAAAACAUAUUCAUAGUAACAACCCACCCCCCAAAAAAAGAACCAAACCAAAAAAAAAAAAAAAACAAGUAAAAAAUCCCCACAAACAAACACAUUACCGUACACAUUGUAAUUUAAAAAAGGAAAAUAAUAAAAUCUGCUGCAACCAAAACAUUCCUAACUAAGACACACUAAUGUGCUUCGUCUGUAUUUUGUACUAAUUAGGAAUUUUCAAAUUUUAUUAACUUAAGUAAUUUGUUAUAUUCUAAAAUAUUUCUUAUAUUAACUGCUUUAUUGUGAUUGACUAUUAUAAUAAUCAUGUGAAUGUCUAUUGUUUUGCUUUGUCUAUAUUAUAUACACAAUGUUUUCAUUGUAAUUUAAGCAUUGGUUUUGUUUUGGGUUUGUUUUGGGUUGGGUUUUUUGUGGGGGGUUUUGGGGGGGGGGGGGGUAGUUAGGGGUGUGUGUGUCCAAGAGUAUAAAACUGGUACUGUAGUAUAUUAUGAAUAUGUGUUUCAUGAAUAAUGUCUCAGUCGAUGUAAUAGUUGUAUAAUGUAAAGAGUAAGUAC